UGGCAGCGCCUGAUAAAUGGCGUCGAUUUCUUCCUGUUUUUAUUUCUCGUCACAGCGAGAAAGAAGCUGCUGAGAGGCAAGAAAACGUCUCCAAUGGCGGACUGGAAGCAGAAAUGCAAUACAGAGUGGCAGCUGGAGGCUAAAGGAGUUCCAUUACCGGACAACGUGGACUGGAAAACCGUGUACGAGAAGAAACCGCUAGAACGGAACUUAUUGAAGAACCCGUCGCCUCACGGUUUAACUCAUGACACCCCGCCGCCUGAACGCGAGGUCACAGGACAGCCUCCAGACCCUGACCAACCACCACAGUACGAACCGACAGGUGAUUUCUCAGGUUGGAACACUAGUUCAGAGCGGCUGCCACUGGAUACCAGCGGUAUUCCUCCAGGUGUAGUGAUCUGCCAUCUGCCAAACUUCAGCUGGUUCACCUUGGAGCAGCGAGUCGAUCUGAAGGCUGAAGGACUGUGGGACGAACUACUCGACAAGUUCCAGCCGGACAUAGCCGUCGAGGACUGGUAUGAGGAGAGUCAACUCCAUGCCUCUAUCUAUCAGCUUCAUGUGAAACUUUUAGCAGCUGAUGGCCAAACAGUAAUUGAGGAAUAUACAUGCAGUCCCACAGAGGACCUAGAGAUCUACUCUCACAACUGGAAACAGGUUUCCCACGUGUUCUCAGGCUAUGGACCCGGCUUGAGAUACAUUCAUUUCCAGCACAAAGUAAAAACUCAGUUCAUGGUCGAAUUUUUCGGCACUAUGGUCACCGGGAGUUCCGUUGUCGUCAAGGCAACCAAAUCCAGCCCAUGAUGCUUUUUUUUUUUAUAAGGCAGCUUGAGGUUUACUGUAAUGUCAUCUGGAGUCUGUAUUGCACCAAAGUAUUACACGCAUUAAUAAACCAAAGCUUUUCUCAACACUAA